AUGAAGACUGACAACAAGACUGCGCAGGCUCAAUCCAUUCAACAUUUGUGGAAUUCUGGGAUUACGAAUGCAGCCGAAAUAAGACGUAGAACAAAUAUACCAAGGUCCACAAUAUAUUUAAACUUGGCAAAAUUGAAAAAAACCGGAAGCAUCAUCCACAAAAAACGCCCCGGUCUCCCCCAAAAAAUCACUUCAGAGAGCUCAAAAGCUCUUGGGCAGUAUAUUAGAAGAAAUCCAGCAGUUUCUUCUAGAAAAUUAGCGUCCAAAUUGUCGCUAAAGGGUGUAAACGUGUCCUACA